AUGAAAAUUAAAGUAAAUAAGAAAAAUGGAAUAAUUAAAAGGCAAUUAUUUGAGUAUAAUAAUUUGUUAAAAAUUAGGGUUUAUUUACAAAAGGUUAAUUCCUGUGUUCAAAGGUGGCCUCAUCCAUUUCUAUCUAAUUUAUUACUUGAAAAUUUACAAUCUGAACAAAUUCAAGAAUUAAAUCAAAUUAAAAAUAAUUUAUUAUUACUUUUAAAGAUUUUUUUCAACAAACUUUCCAAAUCAAGUUUAAUAAAAUUUAAAGGUGAAGUUUUUAGUGAUUUUGAUUAUUUAUUGAGGAGAAGAGUUUAUUUAUUAGAGAGGCUUGAUUAUUUGAAUGAUAUUUCAAAUUAUAACGUAAAUCGUUCAUUUAACGUUAUUGAUAAUAAUAUAUCAUCGCAUAUUAAAUUCUUCCAUAAAAAUCCAGAGAAAUUUAUUAAUAAAUCACAUGUUCUUAAUUUACCUUUAAAAUUAAUUGGUAAUGAAUUUUUGAGCUCUAAAAUUGGUCCAGAAGAGUCGAAAAAAUUACACAUUAACCAAAUCUAUAAUGAUCAAGUGUUUUAUGUCAAGUUAUUGAAUUAUUUAAUACAAAAUGAUGAAAAUUCUGAAAUUGAUAUAAAAAAUGAAGAAUCUUUAAUUAAAAAUAAUCAACAAGUGGAAAUUAGUGGUGAAAAAUAUGAUUUGGAGGAAUACAUUAAUAUGUUUAAGGAAUUGGAGGAGUUGGUAAUAAUUUGUUCAGUUAAGGAUUCAGUACGUGGAAUUUCUCUAUGUGAACGAAUUAAGAGAUCAGUUAAUGCUACUUGUACUGUCCAAAUGACAGAUUUUCUAGCUACUGGAAAAGAUCGUAGAAAUAAUUGUAAACUUGUAAUUACACUUGUUAAAUCUUAA